CACAAUCUUUAAUCCUUCAUAUUAUUUUAAGGAUCCCUAUAUAUCCUCCUUAUGAACUUCAUCAAUCUUCCACACGAAACGCCUUCUCUUCUUCACUAGCCUUUACCCUUUAUUGCUUACUUCUCUCUUUCUCUUUCCCUAAAACACACAAAAAGCCAUAGAGGAGAGAGGAAUAUGGCGGCCGGAGAAGAGGCGGCGGCGGGAAUGGCCGGAAAGAAGGGUGGUGGGUUGCAGAAAAGUUACUUUGAUGUGUUGGGGAUUUGUUGUUCGUCGGAAAUUCCAGUGAUAGAGAAUAUAUUGAAGGAAAUUGAAGGGAUUAAAGAGAUUAGAGUCAUUGUUGCCACAAGAACUGUCAUUGUUCUUCAUGAUAAUCUUCUUGUUUCUCAAGCACAAAUUGUUAAAGCCCUAAACCAAGCAAGAUUUGAAGCGAACGUUAGAGCGUACGGAGACCAGAAAGAUCACCGGAAAAAAUGGCCGAGCCCGUAUGCGGUGGCGAGUGGGCUGUUGCUUCUGCUGUCGUUACUCAAAUAUGUCAAUCCUAUUUUCCGAUGGGUGGCUUUGGCCGCCGUCGCAGCCGGAAUCUUGCCCAUUGUCCUCAAAAGCUUUGCCGCUGUUCGUCAUCUCAGAAUCGACAUCAACAUUCUUGCUUUAAUUGCAGUGAUCGGAACAAUUGUGUUGAAGGAUUAUUUGGAAGCGGCCACCAUCGUCUUCCUCUUCACCAUCGCCGAAUGGCUCGAGUCCAGAGCCGCCCACAAGGCAAACGCCGUCAUGUCAUCCCUUCUAAGCAUUGCUCCUCAGAAAGCGGUUCUAGCCGACACCGGCGAAGUUGUCGGCGCCGACGAGGUCAAAUUAGGGACUCUACUGGCCGUGAAGGCCGGUGAAGACAUACCCAUUGAUGGGAUCGUUGUGGAAGGAAAAUGCGAAGUAGAUGAGAAAACACUUACUGGUGAAUCUUUCCCUGUUCCCAAACAAAUGGAUUCCACUGUUUGGGCUGGGACCAUUAAUCUAAAUGGCUAUGUUACUAUAAAGACUACUGCGCUUGCUGAAGACUGUGUGGUGGCCAAAAUGGCUAAGCUGGUUGAAGAGGCCCAAAACAAUAAAUCUAGAACUCAAAGGUUCAUUGACAAAUGUGCCAAAUUCUAUACUCCAGCUGUUAUAAUCAUAUCAACUUGCAUAUUAGUGAUUCCAGUUGCUUUGAGACUUCCCAAUCGCCGCCAUUGGUUUCACUUGGCCCUGGUUGUGUUAGUAAGCGCAUGUCCCUGUGCACUCGUCCUUUCCACGCCUGUUGCAUCUUUCUGUGCGCUUACUAAGGCAGCAACGUCUGGUCUCUUAAUCAAAGGAGGUGACUACCUUGAAACUCUUGGCAAAAUUAAGAUCAUGGCCUUUGAUAAAACUGGGACAAUAACAAGAGGUGAAUUUAUGGUGACUGAGUUUCAAGUUCUUGAUAAGGAAAAUAUGAGCUUAGACACAUUGCUAUACUGGGUGUCCAGCAUUGAGAGCAAGUCCAGUCAUCCGAUGGCAGCUGCACUUGUUGAUCAUGGAAGAUCACUAUCCGUUGAUCCCAAACCUGAAAAUGUGGAUGACUUUCAAAAUUUUCCUGGAGAAGGUGUUCAUGGGAGAAUUGAUGGGAAAGACAUCUAUAUUGGAAAUCGAAGAAUUGCUAUAAGAGCCAACUGUGAAACAGUCCCAGAGAUCAAAGAUGAAGCGGAGGAUGGGAGGACUGUUGGAUACAUAUUCUGUGGAACUACUGCAGCUGGAAUCUUUAGUCUAUCAGAUUCUUGUAGAACAGGAGCUAAGGAGGCCAUGGAUGAGCUUCGAUCUCUCGGUAUAAAAACAACCAUGCUCACUGGAGACAGUUCUGCAGCAGCCUUGCGAGCACAAAAAGAAUUGGGAAAGGCUUUACAAACAGUCCAUGCAGAACUUCUACCUGAAGACAAGACGAGGCUCAUCAAUGGCUUCAAAGGGGAGGGACCAACAGCUAUGAUUGGAGAUGGUCUAAACGAUGCCCCUGCCUUAGCCACAGCUGAUAUUGGCAUAUCAAUGGGAAUCUCAGGUUCAGCCCUCGCAAUAGAAACUGGAGAUGUAAUUCUAAUGACCAAUGAUAUCAGAAAAGUUCCAAAAGCAAUUCGGCUUGCAAGAAGAGCUAAUAGUAAAGUAAUUGAAAAUGUGAUUCUGUCGGUUGCUCCUAGGAUUGCUAUACUCGGCCUAGCAUUUGGUGGUCAUCCGCUUGUUUGGGCAGCAGUUCUUGCUGAUGUCGGUGCCUGUGUGCUAGUUAUCCUCAACAGUAUGCUCCUGCUACGAGGAACUGACGGGCCCAAGGGGAAAAAAGCUGGCAAGUUUUCUGCCACUCACUGUUCCUCCAAACAUAAAUGCUGUCAUGUUAAUAGCCAUUCAGAUGAAUAUAGUGGCCACACCCAUGAUAACGGGUGCGACAAUCAUGGUUCCCACUCUUCUAGACGUCGUCACCAUCACCAUCACCACAAGCAUGAGGACUGUGGCUCUCUCAAGAAAACUCAUGAUGGUUGUUCACUACAGAACCGUGCUUCCAAGUGUAAUUCCAGGUUGAAAAGUUCAAGUUCAUGCAAGAAAAGUAAACUUGUGGACUCAAAUUCUAAGGUAGAUGGUUCUACCAGUAAUGUAAAACUCUGUGAACAUGAUCACGGGUGCAACAAUGAUAGCUCCGACUAUUCUCGUCAUAGUCAACAUCGCCACCACCACCACCACCAUCAUCAUGAGCACGACGAUUGUGGCUCUUUCAAGAAAACUCAUGAUGUUUGCUUACCUCAGAACUGUGCUUCCAAGUGUGAUUCCGGGAAGAAAACUUCAAGUUCAUGCAAGAAAAGUAAACUCAUGGACUCAAGCUCUAGGGUAGAUGAUUCUGCAGGAAGUUUAAAACCGUGUGAACAUGGACCUGUCCAUAACGAUCAGCCUGCUGAUCAUGACCAACAUGCUUAUGCUUCUUGUGCUGAUCAUCACGUUGAGGACAAACAUAGCUCUCCAAAGAAUACUCAAGAGUUUUGCUCGUUUCAGAAGUGUGCAUCAAAUUCAUGUGAGAAAAUCAAGUGCUCAAGCUCAUCUGCAAGCCUCGAUGGAUCUGCUGUCAUUGUUGAGCUCCAUGAAAGUGGAUGUUGUACUCAUAAUACCCAAUCCGCUCAACAUGAUCAUGACAUCCAAACUCCCAAAUGCGAUUUGGAUGACAGCCACUCAUCCAGUCCUGAACAUCAUAUUAGUAAUUACUGUUGCUCUCAAAAGAAUACUCAGAAGGAUUGUUUAUCUCAUCCAAUGUGUCAUUCCGAAACCUGCAAUUUGAGUCCAUGUGGGAAAACCAACUGUGUGGACCUAACUGAGAGGCAACACACGCUUGAAUGUAGUACAGAACUCCUCCAAGACCAUAAGCAUUGUCACCAAGGAAGCUUCGACACUUCCAAUUUUGUCUUGGAAUCCCAUGAAAAGCACAGGAAAACUUGCAGUGAACCUUGUAAAUCAAGAUCAACAAGCGGAUGCACAAAAGAUGAAUGCAGGGAAAAGGUUGAAAUGAUAGAUGAUUGUGCUGAAGCAAACAUGCACCACAAGAUGAAACAACAUCAUUGCAAUACUCAUCCGAGGCUUCAAAAUGAAGGGGUUCAUCCUCAUUGUAAGGCAUCAAAUGAAGAUAAUGAUGGAGCAAUCAGCAAUACCGUAAAUAUCGAGCUCAAACCGGAUCAUUCAAACCUGAAACGCCCCAACACUUGUAAUAAGGCUUUCAGAGGGACAAACAACUGUAAAAGCUGCAAAAGGGGAACCUCGCAACUCAAAAUUGGAAAAUCUUCUGCAGGUUUGGACAAGAGAGAAAUGGGUGGGUGUUGUAAGAGCUACAUGAAGGAAUGCUGUAGGAAGCAUGGUGAUAUCAGAAUGGCGGUCCGAGGAGGCUUAAACGAAAUUGUUAUAGAAUAGAUCAUGUAGCUAGUUUUUAUGAUUUCUGUCAAUAGUCUUAUGUAUCUAUGCUUUCUCAUUAAUAUUCUUUGUAUUCAAUACUAGGCAAAUGGUACAUGAUAAUGUCAUCAGAGAAAGCAUGAUUACUAGUUAUUGCUAGUGUAUGAAUAUAUGAUGUAGUUGUUCAUAAUCUUCUGAAGGAAAUCAGCAUCCUCCCUUCUGAACAAA